GCGAAAGCGCCGCCGGACGGAGCGCAGUGAUGGCGACGGCGGUAGUCUGCUUUGUACUGAUUGCCCUGCAGCUGGUGGGCCCGUGUGGGGCGGCCGGCGCCGCUCUGCCCCUAGUCAUCAACACUUGGGCGUUUAGGAAGGCCACAGAGACAGCAUGGAGAACAUUACAGUUGGGUGGUUCAGAGCUGGAUGCUGUUGAGAAAGGCUGUGGUCAGUGUGAGAUUGACCAGUGCGACGGGAGUGUGGGAUAUGGAGGAAGCCCAGAUGAAAGUGGGGAAACAACACUGGAUGCAAUGAUUAUGGAUGGAAACACUAUGGAAGUUGGGGCAGUUGCAGAUCUCAAACAUGUGAAAAAUGCAAUUGGUGUAGCACGAAAGGUCAUUGAGCACACUAAGCAUACAUUAUUAGUGGGAGAGUCAGCCUCCCUGUUUGCUGUACGCAUGGGGUUUCCAUAUGAAGAUCUAACUACCCAAAGAUCUCUUUCAGUGUAUUCAAGGUGGCUUAAUCAAAGCUGUCAGCCAAACUACUGGAAGAAUGUGGUACCAGAUUCUUCAAAAUCCUGUGGACCAUAUAAGCGGCUUGAAAAAGUUUCAUUUGAAGAAGAGACCAUUUCACAAAGAAACAUUCAUAAUCACGAUACUAUUGGUAUGGUUGUAAUUGGUAAGAGUGGAACCGUUGUUUCUGGGACAUCUACUAAUGGUGGCGUCCACAAAAUUCCGGGUCGUGUUGGAGAUUCUCCAAUAGCUGGAGCAGGAUCCUAUGCUGAUAGCACAGCUGGAGGAGCUGCAGCCACUGGAGAUGGUGACACCAUGAUGCGUUUCUUACCCAGCUAUCAGGCAGUGGAAUAUAUGAGGAUGGGAACAGACCCGACAGUAGCCUGUCAGAAGGUUAUUUCCAGGAUUCAGAAGCAUGUUCCAAAGUUCUUUGGUGCUGUUAUAUGUGCCAAUACAACUGGAAGUUAUGGUGCUGCAUGUAAUAAAAUUCCAGGAUUCACUCAGUUUCACUUCAUGGUUUUUAGCCCUUUGCAAAGUCAGCCUGCUGAACAAGUAGUAGAUUGCAUUUAAUUUCUUUUACCCUGUUAUCGUCUAAACUUAGAGGGGGAAAGUGCUAAGAUUCCCAAGUUAUCACUGUUUAAAAUAUUUAUUUGAUUUUGUUGUUUUGAAAUCAUGUGAACAAGUAUAAAUAUAUGUUGAUGUGGAUGCUUCGCAGUUCUUAAUAUGUUCUGUUUUCACAUUGUGUAGUGUUGUUAAACUUGAGCUGUAGUUUUUUCAUCUCCUUUAUUUGCCAAAUUAUUUCUAAAUGAUUUCAGGGAGGUAUUUUAGAGGAAGAUUUUAAAAAAAUAGACUCCGUGUACUUUCAGGAAAGUGGAUAAAACUGCAAAAUUAUAGUUACUGCUGGCAUAUUCACAGUUAGCCUGGAAGGAUUCUGCUUUAAAAAUCAACAUUUAAGUGAAAUGGCUGAAAUUAAUGUGUCUCACUACUGAAGUCGCUUAAGUCGGGAAUUUAAUAGAUGUUACCUUACGUCUCAACUACUUUUUGCAAAUCUAACAGUCAAACUGUGGUUCUCAAUACUGCACGAAGUUAUCUAUUCUAUAUUCACUUCCAAGUAGUGCCAUGUUUCAUCCAUUUUUUGGGAAGUAGAGAUUUGGUCAUUGGAAAAAAAACUUUCAAAAAAGGCUCAUAAAGUAGACAGGUAAUCAUAUGGCAUGUACAGAGAUGAAGUGUCCAACAGCUCUUCUGUGUCUGCUUUCUUAACAGCUAAAUAAACAAAAGUAGUGUAUAAUAACCACUGUCUAGACAUUCACUUUUCCAUUUAAAAACAAGUAUUUGGCAGAAAUAUGGAAUAAAGGGCAGGAAGGAGAAAGGGCUCUGUAUCUAUACAGGAGAUUUAUUUUAAGAAUGUAUAGUUGUCAUUCUGAGAUUUAGUCCCGGUUUUCCUUUCCCUUGAAAAGAAAAUUACAUGCAAAUGUUAGCAAGCAAGGAAAGAGAACUGAAGAAUAGUGAAGAUUUUGAAGUCUCAAUUAAAAGAUUGAGAAAUGAGAGAACUUUUUUUGAAAAUAGCUGAAAAUGUCUUUGUAUGGAGAGGAAAUCCUGUUAGUACACGUUUUCAAGGAAUGUUGAAAUAUUUUGAUAGUAAAUGGGAUGUGAGACUGAUUUUUCCACAUUGUAAAUUAAAUUAUGAAUCUUAAUCACA